GUUAGUUUUGUCAGUCGUCGUUACCAUUAUCGGUUAGUUUAGACUAUUGUCGGAAUUGGUCAGACAGAAGUUGAAAAAUUAUAAACAUUGCUGAUUGCUGGAAUACCUGGGUAGCGGCACUGGGCUGUGCCCUAAGCUGGCUAACCGUAUUGGGUUAGUGUAUCGAGUGCGCUGACUUAACGAAAAGGGAGAUGUUCGAAUCAACAUGAAGCUUAAAAUACGGAAAACCUUUCGUGAUACACCUGCGCCAUCUGCUACAGAGAAUUCUCCACUGAAGAUGCAACCCAGGAUCAGUCAUAAGAUUAAAGGCUUCAGUCAUAACAACAACAACAAUAAUAAUUCUUUCUACUUUGAGCACAAGACCAGCAUUUUUGUAGGGAGAAGGGUUUAGCUGAUUAUAUCAUUCCCCCAGCGUUCAACUGGUAUUUAUUCUAUCGAUCCUGCAAUGACGAAAAGCAAAGUCAAGCUCAGCAGAAUCUGAACUCAGAACAUAAAAAUCAAAAGAACUGCUACCAAUUCUGCCAGCUGACUACGUUUAUGAUUGAUAACGGUAAUAAUUAUAAUAGUAACACCACCAACAACAACAACAUCAAUGAUGAUGAUGAUGAUGAUGAUGACAAUGAUGAGGAUGGUUACUAUGACUGACAUGAGGUCAUAAGUUUGUGAAAGAUAGAGGAACAGUGUAAGUGGUUUUGUACUGAGUUAACUCUCAUUAUAAACCAUUACUUAUUUCAUUGAUAAACCCAGAUAAACAACAUGAAGCCAGAUACCAUUAGAUAUAUAUUGUUGGAGCUUGUUAAAAAUGUUAUUUGAUAUCAAGGCUAUCAUUUCACAUAAGCCUUGUUCCAUUUCGUAGUUCCAUUUCGGUUAACUCAGUAUAGUUUGGCAUAUCCUUCCAGUGGCCAGUCUCAUCUGCUAAGAACUAUUCGGUGAACUUUACAACAUUAUGGCAACCAACAUGUGGAUAAUUAAUGUCUAUUCACUACAGGCUUUUUUCAUCAAUAAUAAUAAUAAUAAUAAUAAUAACAAUAAUAAUUAUAUUUUCUACUACAGGCACAAGGCCUGAAAGUUUGUUGGGCAGGAGCUAGUCAAUUACAUUGACCCCAGUGUCCAGCUGGUACUCAUUUUAUCAACCUCAAAAGGAUGAAGGACAGGAUGGACUUUGGUAGCAUUUGAACUCAGAAUGCAAAGAGCCAGACGAAAUGCUAUUAAGCAUUUUGUCCGGUAUGCUAACAACUCUGCCUGCACACCAUCUUAAUAAUAAUAAUAAUAAUAAUAAUAAUAAUAAUUGAUGUAUCAAUACCAACAGAUGACAACGUUUCCCUAAAAGAAAUGGAGAAACUUUCAAAAUACAAAGACCUGGAAAUAGAAGUAACUCAAAUGUGGAAUCUAAAAACAGAAACAAUUCCUAUCAUAGUAGGCGCCUUAGGUAUAAUAAAAAAAUAUUCAGACAAAUACAUAACAAAAACACCAGGACUUACAAAUAUAUAUAGCAUACACAAAAUUGCACUACUGGGCACUGCACACAUCCUACGCAAAACACUUUCAAUACAGUAACCAUAAGAGCAUCACAACAAACCACAUCACAUACCCAAGGCACACAGAGCUGCGUUCGGUAGUGAAGUGAAAGCUAAAUAAAACUACUGAAUAAUAAUAAUAAUAAUAAUGAAUUACUUUGUCUGCAUUAUUUCAUCUAAUUUUGAAAAACGGGUUAUGUUGUCAUCUAUUUGGUUGAGCUUUGAUGUAAUGAACUUUUAGCGAGAGACAAAUGAGAAAAAAUUAUUUUCAUUUCAACAUAAUACUGCUGAAUGUUUUGAAAACAAAUAAAAAACACAAGAAUAAUAUCAAAGAUGAAUGACAAAUUCCAUCAGUGUAAAAUCUGCAAUAAGGUCUUCUCCCGCAGUGCUAAUUUAACCAGGCACAUGCGUGUACAUACUGGGGAGAAACCUUAUACCUGUAAUAUCUGCAACAAAUCCUUUUCCCUCAAUUGUACUUUAUAUCGACACAAACAAAUGCAUGCUGGGGAAAGACCCUAUGAAUGCAAAGUAUGUGGCAAGACGUUCUCGCAGACUAGUCACUUGUCGGAACAUGUGUUGAUUCAUACAGGUGAAAAGUCAUAUCAAUGUGAAAUCUGUGGUAAGACAUUUUCUCGGAACAGCUACCUGUCGACACACAAAUGGAUGCACUCCGGCCAGAAACCACAUACCUGCAGAAUUUGUGGUAAAACGUUCUCUCGUACAAGUCAUUUGGCAAGCCACCAGAGUGUACAUAGUGGGGAGAAACCAUUCCAUUGUGACGAGUGUGGGAAAAAUUUCUCCCGCAACAGUCAUUUAACGACGCACCUACAGAUUCACACAGGUGAGAAACCUUUCCGCUGUGACAUAUGCGGCAAAGCAUUUUCACAUAACAGUUAUCUAUCCGGCCACAAACGUAUCCACACUGGGGAGAAACCUUAUACUUGCGACACUUGCGGCAAAUCGUUUUCUCGUAGUAGUCACCUGUCCAGGCACAAGUGGACACACACAGGAGAGAAGCCAUUUCGUUGUGAGACAUGUGGUAAAGCUUUCACUCAGAACAGCCACUUAACUAAACACAAAUGGCUACAUAGAGGAGAUGAGGAAUACCAAUGUCAAAUCUGUAAUAAAACAUUUGAAGAAAACAAUCUCUUAGCUGCACAUGUCUGGACACACACAGAAGGCUGAUGUUUCAUACUUCAUAUAAGAUAUCACUAAAUAUCAUGAAUGUUGCUACACUGCUGGUGGUUCCAUCCUAAGAUAUCAUGAUAUAACAUUGUGUCUGAAACACAUA